AUGACUGAAAACCGCUUGCAAGAAGUGUAUUUGGGUAAUAUGGAAGCAUCUGUUGUUGACGCCCUUGUGAAGUUCUGCUACUCUGGAGAGAUAAAUAUUAGUAACGCCAAUGUAUUGAACAUUCUAUCCACUGCUCGUUUGUUUCAAUUGGACCAGGAGUUGUGUCGUGAAUUCCUGAAAAAAAAGUUGGAGCCGUCCAGUCCCUUGGUAGUACGACCGGUAACCGACAGUAUUUCGUGUCCUGAAGCCGACGAGAAUGUCUUGCAUAACUUCGAAAAUGCUGUGAAUACGGAAAAAGCUCAUGAAAUUCUCGUUAACCAACUAGUUGAACUGAUUUUAAAUGAAGAGCUAAGUGAACGAUUAAUGGCGCAGAUUGUUAAUGCAGUGCUUCGGUGGAUCAGGUCCGACCUGUCAGCUCGAAAACAAUUUCUAUCAGAGAGCUCCUACUCAUUACAACUAUCUACACCCGAACGACUCAGCAAGCAGUUACUAAGCACCCAUCAGAAGGAUUCACCCAAAUUUCGUGAAGUAUUAUACGUUGUGGGAGGAUACGGCCACGCUUCCGGAGAAUACUUCGAUCCUGGGGAGAAAUUUCCAGUGUGGCGUCGAAUCCCCUCCAUGAGCAUUACAAGAGGAUAUGCCGGCGUUGCUACUCUCGACGAUUUGCUUUACGUUGUUGGCGGCUUUAAUGAAGGAAAGCGUGUGAAUAGUGUUGAAAGGUAUCAAGCGAAUUCUAACCUUUUUUACGAAUAA